GUCCCUGCCGCCAGGAGGGCCGACGCCCCACCCCCUGUAGCGUUCCUGGACGUCAAGCCACCUGUGGCAGAUCCAUCCGGCUGAUCCACACCUUCUCCAUGGUCGAAUACUUCCGGAGAAGCUGUAAGGAGGCCUUGCUACCACACUUGGAUACAUAAUGAAGGACUGGCUUGUCCUGUUGUGGGGCUGGUGGAUGCAAGCGAGGAUCAACACAAUUCUCAACACAACAGUUCAAAGCAGCUUCGCAUAAUGGUCUGCAACAAUCUGUGCUGAAACUAUGAAGAGAAAGGUUAGUGGUUUCUCGUGUUUUAUCAAGUAAAAAAUAUGGCUGGCCAUGUGUAUGUCGAAAUCUGGCACAGUUUAAGAGGCUUCUCUGGAAAGUUUAUCUGCAUAUGCGUUCCUAUUGGAUUACAGCCAAUGAAGCCUCUUAAACUAGUGAGAAAGGUGAGGAAGAUGCCAUCAAAUAAAACAACAUUGACAAAAGAACGUGGCCCCAAUUACAAUAACCAUCUUUUUCGUGUCCACCAUGCACACCAUGUGUUGGCGGAAAUAAAAGUAAUCAGCAGGAAUCUAAUUGUUGUGAAGGGAUGUUGUUCUUUGGCUAGACACAAUAUGACAAUUACUUUAUCAAUUUAGUGCAUCCACGCAGGAUGAUUCCCUGUGGCAUGUCAUUGGCCAUGUUCACUGGAAAACUCCAUGCUGGUUGAUUAGAUUAUGAGGGCAGAUUCUUGAAAGCAUGUUUAGGUGCCUCCUGAAGUCUUUUACUCUCCUUGGAUAGAUUUAAAGCAAAGCCUCCAUAUGCUUCCUUUCUCAGGUGUCAUCCUCUGCUUCUAUUUUAUAUAAAUCAAGCUAUUUAUUAGAUGCAGUGGUUCGGAAAUGAGUGACAUUCAAUGGAAGAUCAGUUCCGCCUAGUAACCAGCAAUGGAGCAGUCGAUCCGGCAAUGGUAAUGGCAACGCAAGCCAAGCGCUACGGCGACAACGAUGGCAGAUCUUCGAGCCCCACCGUUCUCAACUUUCUCGAGGUGAAAGCCGAGCGCCCGACGGAGUCUUUCGAGCUAAAUGGUUCCGUGAGCACUUACCUAUUGUUCCCUUCUCCUCCAUGCUCUUCUCUUUGCUCUUCGUUGGUUCGGUCAUACGUCCCUGCAAGCGAUGUCCCUCCUGCAGGAAAACGAGAUUUCCACCUCCAAACACAUCAGAAACUUAAGCAGCGCAGCGCCCCUCAAUGGCUGCAGAUUCACAGUACCAACUCGACAUCGUCGCUUCAGCAGCGGCUGGGGCAUGGACCGGUGAAGCUCUUCAGAGGGGUGAGACAGAGGCAGUUGGGGAAGUGGGUGGCGGAGAUAAGGCUGCCGAGGAACCGGACCAGGGUGUGGCUGGGGACAUUCGACACGGCCGAGGACGCGGCCAUGGCCUACGAGCUCGGGGGAGAUGCGGUGCAUCUCAACUUCCCUCACGCCAAGCAACAGCUCCACGUCGCCGCCCGGGGACCCGGUCAUCCUCAUGCAGCGAUUGCUUCGCUACUGGAAGCAAAGCUCCAGGCUUCGGGCGGCUCCGCCUGCUCCACUUCUCCGUCGUGGAGCUUGAACGAGUUGAAACGAGCGUGGGAGAAAGAUCUUUUACGUGUGGGCGUCGACGAGUGCGGCCCACCGGAGAUGAAACGGCACAAGACCGCGAGCGCCGACAGUAGCCCGGCCUUCAUUGAGUGCUCCGGGCAAGGAGCUGCACUGGGAUGCAGGUGGGGUGACGAUAAGCAGGAUGCCUUCCUUGGACAUGGACAUGAUAUGGGAUUCUCUCCCCAAACCUUGAUUUCCGAGUUCUUGGACUCCCUCCGUCUCUCACUGCCUCUUAGCUUCUUUUUGUUGAUCACGAGUCCCGAGAGGCCGCUUCUCAGGCCUCCGGAUUUUGUCCCUCCCAUUCGUGAGUAGAACAACCAUAUUCUUGAA